AUGGCGGCCGCGGCGGCACCGGGCUCGACGCCUCCUGGGACGCCCACAGAGUACGACCCCUUCCGCUUUCGUUCCAUCGAGCCCGAUCUCCGAGUGGCUAUGGUUACGGGAGCGACCGGUGUGCUCGGGCAGGCGACCGUGCGCGCGUUUCUGGACGAGGGGUUUCGGGUGGUUGUUCACGACAACUCAGUGGAGGACCUGAACGCACUUGUCGCACAGCUGGGUGCAAGUGCAACAGCCGAGGCGCUCUACCCCAUCUGUUUCGAUAUAUCGCGACCCGAAGCAGUUGCUGCGGCCAUGCAUCGAAUCCAAACUGACUUUGGUCAGGUUUAUUUCCUCGUGAAUAAUAACGCUGUUGUCAGCGCGACGCACGCGCUCGACACCUCGCCAGAGGAUUGGCAGUACGCCUUUGCACAGAACGUGCAUAGCGCUUUCUACAUGUCGCGAGAGGUUCUUCCGGCGAUGCGCGCGAAGCGCUUCGGGCGUAUUAUCAACACAUGCAGCUUGGCCGGCAAGACAGGAGGCAUUACCACCGGUAUUGCCUAUUCGACGACCAAGGGUGCGCUCCAGACGCUGACAUUCAGUCUCGCACGCGAAACCGCUCGAGAUGGCGUCACUGUGAACGGUAUCAGUUACGCGUACGUGCAGACGGCGACUCUGGAACGAUUUCCCAAAGAGGUUGUCGAUCAGCUGCUUAGCAGCAUACCCGUUGGUCGAUUCAUGCGACCAGAAGAAUUUGCGUUCGCUGUUAUGUUUCUGAGCUCCCCUAUGGCUGGGUUUAUCACAGGCGAAAUUGUAGAUUUAAAUGGCGGUCUGCUCACAGACUAG